AUGAACGCUUCCAUCGACCACGCCUACUCACCCCCGCUUGCUGGAGCGAGUCGGUCACCGUGCCCUGCCUUGAACGCGCUGGCAAACCAUGGCUAUCUACCUCGCAAUGGCCGCGGCAUCACUGCGUUGCAAUUGGUGCGCGCUCUGGUGGAAGUGUACAACUUCUCUGUACCGUUGGCGGUGGUGCUCUCCGUCGUCGGAGUCGUUCUGUGCGGCAACUGGUGGUCACUCGACCUCCACCAGCUUGCGAAGCACGGCCUCAUCGAGCACAACGGCUCGUUGGUGCAUGACGACGCACACCCCCACGAAGUCUAUGCACCGACCGCUGUCGACCCAAAACUCGUUGCUCAGCUGCUUGCCCUCUCGCCCUCUCCCUCUCUAACCCUCCGCGAUUUCGCCAGAGCGCGUGCGCUGCGGGACGGCUCCAUCCCAGCGCCUCUGGACAAGGUGCACUCGGAGAUCGCGAGAGGGGAAGCGGUUCUGACCAUGCAGACCUUCGGCUCCGGGGACCAGAACGUGGACGAAGUCGGAGGACUCGACGGCGCUGUCUCGAAAGCAUUCCUCGAGCAGUGGCUCGGUCAGGAGAGAUUACCGGAUGGGUGGCAUAAACCACAAGUACCCAUCGGUCUGGUCGGGACCGCUUCGCGCUCAAGGAAUCUAGCAAAGAUGAUACGAGAGUUGCGGAAAAGUUACUCCUCACGCUGCCGAGAACAUACACUACCUUGA